GCAAAAAAUCAGUCAUUCAGUUUUAGUGAGACGAUCGCGGUGUGUCUGCCGAAAAAGUUCUUUUCCCCCGGGAAAUGUGUCUUUUUGCCUGAAAAUUCACAAAGAAAAGUCCUGUGCGUCAACGAGUUGUGUUGCUGAGUGUGAAAAAGUGAAAAUUAGUGUUCUACAGCACGGUGAAAAGUCGCAGCGAAUUUUCCGCAAUGGGGAAGACAAAAAUCUACUGCGCCAAAUGCCAAAAGAAGUGCUCGGGUGAGGUUCUACGGGUGACUGACAAAUAUUUCCACAAGACAUGCUUCCAGUGCACAACGUGCCACAAGAGUCUCGCCACGGGCGGCUUCUUCUCUAAGGAUGGCGCAUAUUUCUGCACUCUAGACUACCAAAAGCUCUAUGGGACAAAAUGUGCAGCGUGCAAUUUGUACGUUGAGGGUGAGGUGGUGUCCACAAUGGGCAAAACAUAUCAUCAGAAGUGCUUCGUGUGCAGUGGAUGCAAAAAAUCCUUCCAGUCUGGCAGCAAGGUAACGAAUACGGGGAAGGAGGUACUCUGUGAGGUGUGUGUGACAAAUCCGGCGUCCAAUAAAGUCGUCACGGCAACACAUCAGUCGCGCGCGGACACGCAAAAGGCGCAGUCGCCACAACCAACUGCCAGGGAGAUCACAAUGAGCCCCACAAGAGCCACUGCCAUGGCUAGCCAGCAGCAGGAAGUCCCGCGGAGGGUGAAUAAUUCCACGGAAUACGAUCCCAAUGAGUGUGCUGGGUGCGGGGAUCAGUUGAAGGAGGGGCAAGCACUCAUUGCUCUCGAUCGGCAAUGGCACGUUUGGUGCUUCAGGUGCAAAAAUUGCAGUGCUGUGCUAAAUGGGGAGUACAUGGGGAAGGACUCAAUUCCGUACUGCGAGAAGUGCUACCAGAAGUCUUUUGGCGUCAAGUGUGCCUAUUGCAAUCGCUACAUUAGCGGCAAAGUUCUCCAAGCGGGGGAUAAUCAUCAUUUCCACCCAACGUGUGCCAGGUGCACAAAAUGCGGUGAUCCCUUCGGUGAUGGGGAGGAAAUGUAUUUGCAAGGUAGCGCCAUUUGGCACCCACGCUGCGGCCCAGGGCCAGGAGCAGACCUCGGGACGGUCAUCAAUGGCACAAAUGGUCACUUCACCGAUACCGAAUGUGAUCGCAUGAGCACAAGUGCAAUGAGCGAACUACAGUACUCCAUUGGUACACGCACCCCAAGUGGUUCACUGUAUAACACUCCGUACACGAGUAGGAAGUAUCAUCGCACAAUAAGCCCGGGAUUGAUGCUGCGCGAAUAUGGACGUCAUGGGUAUGGGUAUGAGGACAUCUCACGGAUUUAUACGUAUAGCUAUUUAACGGAUGAGCCGCACUAUCUCAAGAAACCCAUUGAUCCGUACGAUAAGGCGCCCGUUUCGCCGCACUUCCAUCGUCCGCACUCGGCUACAGGUGGCACAGUGAGUAUGCCAUCGUCGCGGCCACAUUCACGCAAUAGGAGUGCUAUGAAGGUGCUCGUGGAUUCCAUACGGUCCGAAACGCCACGUCCCAAAAGUCCCGCGAUGAACAAUGAGGAGCCCAUUGAGAUGUCCCACUAUCCGGGUGCCAAGAAGCCACCGCCGGGUGAGAAGCCCAAAAUUGAGAGGGAUGAUUUCCCAGCACCGCCGUAUCCGUACACAGACCCGGAAAGGAGGAGGCGCUACUCGGACUCCUACAAAGGGGUUCCAGUGUCCGAUGAUGAGGAUGAACCAGACGCUGCGGCAGCUGCAAAGAAUAAAAUUGAGCGCCUGAAGAAGGAGGAAGAGGAGUUGGCAAAGAUGAAAUCCGGGAUGGGGGCUGUGAUUCUCAAGGACCUAAAGGAACAUGCUAGAUAUACAAAGUGGAAGCAACAGAAUUUGGAUCCGAGGAAUGCCUCGAGGACUCCAUCGGCUUCCAAGGAGCCUCUCUACAAAUUGAGGUAUGAAUCCCCAGUGGGUGCUUCACCAUCGAGAAAUUUGGACCACCCUCGACCGUUUUACGAUGAUGAAACGACCUUUGACCGAAGCACAAGUUACCGCGGUUCAGUUGGACGUGCAAUUGGUAGUGCACCAAGCUACAAUGUGGUGAGUUCUUUGAGACAAAUUCCAAAACCUGGGUACGGCUUGGCUGCCCGUUCGCAUACAUUCAGUUCUGCUACAACGACUGGUUCCGCCCAGGGUGCCCCUGUAAGCUUUCACUGUGAUUUCUCCUUUGGCGGUCUUGGCGACAAGACACACAGCACGGAGUUUAGUUGUGGCAAAUCAGAUGUUUCCGUGGAUUCGAUAACGGAAGGCGAUCGGCGUGCAUUGAUGGCAGCUGAAUUGCCCGUUUCGAGCACAUAUUCCGGUGGCAUUGCGUACCACUACCCACAGCCAGGGCUCAUCCGUCGCAGUUUACCCAAUAUGGCGCACUCAAUGCUAGUCCAUGAACCGGCCAAAAUCUACCCCUAUCACCUACUACUUAUCACCAACUACCGUCUGCCUGCAGAUGUGGAUCGAUGCAAUUUGGAGCGUCACCUCUCUGACGUUGAAUUUGAAGCAAUACUACAGUGUACUAGGGCAGAAUUCUAUCGACUACCUCAGUGGCGUAGGAAUGAAUUGAAGAGGCGGUGUCGUCUAUUCUAAGAAAUAAGACAGAGAGAGAGAGUAAUUGAAAAAAAAAAUGAAAGCUUUCAACUCACAACACAAAAUACUUCACACGUUUAAGCUAUAUUUGGGAUGAGCUUUUUUAUUAUUUUAUAUUAAUAACAAAUAGAAUUCAGAGGAAGGGACUACAGACGUUUUAUAUUAAAUGGACAAAACCUUUGCAGAAGGAUCUAGAGUUGGUCAUUUCGAAAUAAAAAAAAAAUAAAUCUUUUACUUACAAAUAUAUAAAAAAGAUCCUUCAAGGAUAUUUUUAAGAUUUUGAUUAUAUUAUAGGUUAAAAGUUUUGGAAGAUUCGGAAAUGUUUCAGAUUUAACGUUUCUAAAACCGUUAGAUUAAAAAUCGUUUAGGCUAAACAAGAAAAGGUCGUAAAUAAAGAGCUCAUGAAAAUUUUGAAAUUAAGUUUUUUAUAUUAAAUUUUGAGAAUAUUUUUUUAAAAGAAGAAAAAUAUUUGAAAACCUUAAAUUCGGAGAUAUUCUAAAACGGUUUAGAUAUUCCGGAUAAACCAAUUUGGAGACAUAAUAAAUAUUUAAAUAUAUUCAGUAAAACGAAAAUGUUUAAUUUUAGAUCAAAUUUAAAAUUUUUCAAAUUUGAAGAUUUUGAAAUUUUCCAAGUAAAUGUCAGAUAUUUGAAAUGAUUUGAAAUAUUCAGAAAUUAUUCAAAAUGUUCGAUUUAUUUCCAGAACAUUCAAAUACAUUUUAUUUUAAAAAUUAAAAAAAAAUGUUUUGAUUCUUUAACAUUGAGGCUCUCAUUGGGUCUUCAUCAGUUCCUUAAACUCUGUAAAUUUUGUUUUUAUCCUUUAAAUAGCCAACUCUUAAUUCCUUUUGCAAAAACGUUAAUCUGUAAAAUCUCUAAUCUCUGAUAAAGGCAGUAAAAAUUUGACAGAAAUGCAUUUAAAAAAAUAAAAGUUAUGCAAAAUAAAAUCCAAUUGCGAGCUGUUAGAAAAGAAAAAUUAAGAAAAAAAGAGAAAAAUAAAAUGUCUUUAUAGGCUUCUCUGUAUACUAAAUGUUGGCAUUAAUUGUUGCAGCAUUUUGUGAAAUAAAUUUCGCAGUGGGUGAUGUGAAUAAUAUAUUUAUAGGAACAAUUCAAAAAUUAAAAAGUAAAAAAAAAAAACAAAACAAAAUUCACUUCAUUAGCUUACGAAAAUCAUCCAUUUUUUACAAGAUGAAAAAAAACAAGUUACAACCUCUUCAGAAAAUAAAUAAAGCAUUAAGGAAGUAAAUAAUAAUAAAAUUCACACAACUUUGCUAUAAAUAAAAAUUAAUGAAGUAAAAAAAAUUGAUAGCAUCUUAAAUCGUGUUAAAUUGAUAUAUAGAUGAAGCUAUAUAUUCUAUUUGAAUUAUUAUAUUGAUGAUAGGAGAAAAAAAGUGAAAAAAGAGGUGAAAAGAAGAAACUAUAUAUUUCUAUAUUGGAGAAGCGAUUGCGGGGGUAAAAAAAAAAGAAAACUUUUACUUAUAGCGAGUAAUUUAAAAAUAUCUAUAGCGUAGGUUUGGAAUUUUCAAGGGAGAGUGCCGAAAGGAUAAUGACGUGAAAAAUACUAAUUAAAAAAAAAAGCUACAAACUACCAAAGGAUUUAUUCAAAAUUUUUCUAUUAUUAAAGAAAUAAAAGAAAAGAAAAAACAACAACAGAGAAGCAUCCCAAGUGUUAAUCAAAUUAUUAUAAAAUAUAUCCGCUUCAUUGUAUACAAAGAAAUCUGCAGCGCGUCUUUUUUUACGUGGAAAUUUUUUAUCCAUUUGUAAGCGAGGCAUUAACAUUUCUACACAAACUUUAUUGUUUUGUAAAUUAUUUAUAAACCUUUACCAUUUUCUUCCUCCCCCCUUUAAAUUAUUCAAGCAGAAUAUUUUUUCGUAUUUUUAUAGUGCUUUUUAUUUUAUUUUUUUGCGAAUAUUGCAAAAAAUCUUUGAUGCAUCACUUGUCCAUCACAAAGCAAAAGAAAAGAAGAAUAUUAUGGCUAGAGUGGUAAAGAAUGAAAUUCUUUUGAGAUUGAGAAUCGCAGCUAAAAAAUAUUUAUAUUUAAUUUUCAUUAGAAAGUAAUUUAAUUUUUUUGUUCUUAUUUUUCUUUAAAAAAAAUUAUCACGUAUUUUCAAUGUGACCAAUUUUUCAAUCACGAAGCUCAUUGGAUCAUUUUUUACAUUUUUAAUAAUAAUUCAAAUUAAGGAAUUAAAAAAAAAUAAAAUAAAAUCCAAAAUAUUACAUCACAGAAAGCCUAAAAAUAGAGUAAUGGUGACACAGUCUGUUCAAUGAGCGUGAAUUUUAAAUGAAAGGUUAAUUUUUUUGAAUCAGUUACAGAUUUUUAUUUUAAAUGGUUUUUAGAUGUUUGAAAGAUUUUCAUAGAGAUUCUGGGACAUUGAAGUUGGGAAAUUAACUUUCAGAACUAUCAAGCUUUGUAAUUUUUUUGACAACUAUAUUCAGGAAAUUUGACAGAUAAUUUUUCCGGAAGUCUUGAAAAAUCAUAAUUUUGAAAUGUUAAUUUUCAUUUUUUUUAAAUAAAAUUUGACAGUUCAAAUCUUUUAAAAGUUUCGGAAAGAUGAGAAGCAAUUUUCAUUUUCCUGAAAAUGAAACUUCAAACGUAACUACCUAUUCGGAAGAAUAUUUUGUGAGCUUUUGAAAAUAAAGCCGAAAUCCUAAUAAAAACAGCAGCUAAUAAUUUACAUUUAAAAACUUUGACAGCUAAUCUUAUGUCAAACAAUGACAGUACGUUAAAAUUUCCGAAAAAAAAACAACUUGAAGAUUCCGGAAAAAGAUCACGUCAUUCGACCUUUUCCCUCUGGAAUAACUAUGAAAUUCAUUUAAAUAAAAGCCAUUGAGAAAAUUGAAUCCCAUUGAAAUGCAAAUUUUCUUAAUUUUAUAAAUUCAAUUUAUUGUCUCCUAUUUUUCGAUCGAUAAAUUAUAUAUAAUUUUAAGUGAAAAAAAAAAUGAAAAAGAUGCGAAGGAGAAAUUUUAAUUAUAUAUUUACUAUUUACUGUAACUAGAGAGAUGAUAAUAAAAAUGCCAGAUAAAUGA